ACUUCUACACAAUCGUCUCCGCAAGGGGUGCCUCGGCGGAGUGCCGAAGAUACGUCUGUACGUCGUGUCUCGAAAGCGGCGAAACGGGCACAGGUCAAAGUAUUCGUAGAAGAAACUUUUCGAAAAGGUGUGAGAGGACUUAUAGCAGAAUUCAAAUCAAUGAAACGCAUGAAUGACUUCUCAAAAAUGACCGAAUUUCUUGCGCAAAAUCCUCAGGGAAGGAAUCGCUAUAAGGUAGUAGUGACGGAUGAGAUGACCCUAAGGGCUAAGCCUUUGUUGAUGACCACGGAUGUUGGAUGCUUAGAUAAGGAUCGUGUCAUCAUACGAAUAGGUCCUGUUUCUUAUAUUCACGCAAACUAUGUAUCCUCUCCUACCAAUCCGAAGCGGUUUAUUUGCACACAGGCACCUCUUCCAAAAACAUGCCCUGAUUUUUGGUAUAUGGUUGUACAAGAGAAAUCUGUAGCAAUUCUCAUGCUUUGCAAUUUUGUGGAACAAAAUGCAAAGAAAUGUGCCGAAUAUUUUCCUGUUGAAGAAGAUAGGCCGCUUAAUUUUGAAGGAGUCAUUGUCUCGUUGAAGAAGCAAGAGCCCUUCCCAUUCCCAUUUGAAACUCGAAUACGUAUACUCGUACGGACACUGGAAGUCAGUGUGCCAGGACAGCCACUGCAUACUUGUAUGCAUUAUCAUUGGCAAGAUUGGCCCGAUCGUGGUGUGCCAGAUGCGGACUUGGCACCAAUUGUACUCCUGGCUAAACUUAAGGAGAACACUGCACCUAUUAUUGUGCACUGUUCCGCUGGUAUAGGUCGAACGGGGUCA